AUGAGCCGACCAACUGCACAAAAUUCAUCAUCAUCAUCAUCGGGAGGAGGAGGUCUCUUCUCAAGUCUCAAAAGUAUGGUGAAUGAUUUGACUUCAAGCUCUCCACAGCCAUCUCAACAACAAUCAUCCUCUCAGGUCAAACGUCCUACUGGUUCUUCUUCAUCAUCAUCAGCGUCCAAUAAUUUAUUCCCAAGUCUUUCCGUUCUUCAAAAUAAUUUACCACAAGAAAUUCAGCGAGUGAGAUCUGUGUUGCAAGGCUCCAAUGCGAGCCUUUCUCAAUUGGAACAGGGAGAACGAGCUCUUGAUGAUUUGAUUUGUGUAUUAUCGGGACAAUUGGCUGAGUUGUGUGAGUUGAGGAGAGAAAAUUCUCAAAAACUCAUUCAUAGGCUCAAACAAAAUGUUUCAACAACAUCAGCAAAUCAGACUGCCACAACGAAUCAAUAUGUGCCUCCCUCAAUUUCACAACAACAAUCGCCACAAACGACAUCCAAAGUGUCAAACUCACAAACUCAACCACCCACAUCCAAGGCUCCACAAAGCACAGUUAACAAGAGCGCAACAACAACACCACAGUCGCCACAACAAGGUGGUUUCGGAACACUGGCAACACGUGGACAAAAAGCACUCACAACAUCGUCCACUAAAGCACCAUCUCAAUCAAAUCCAUCAACAAAUAACACCUCACGAGGAGGACAAGUGGAUUCCAUUGACUCUAUUUUGGUUUGGCAAGAGAACGAAGUGCCUGUGCAAUCUGAGUCAAUGUCAACCCCUCCCGCUACAAGCAGUAACAUUCCUACUGCACAAUUAUUGGACCCUUUUGAAACUACUGUUACUACCACCACCAUGUCACAACCAUCAGUUCAAGCUCCUUCUACACCAUUCGCUGAUUCAGGAAUUUAUAAUGCACCUCCAGGAUUGGAUUCGCUUCUUCAACCUCCAUCCGUCUCCGAUAUUUUAGGUGGUGAUGCUAUACAAGACGACUCAAACAAACAACAACAAACAGGAAAUGAUUUUAAUCUGGAUCAAAUUUUGGGAACCAAGAAACAGGAGGAACCAGUUGGUGAAAUGUUAGACUUUUCAAAUGAAGGGCAGAAAAUUUUCCAAUCCAAUCAAAUCCUUUCAAUGUUUGACAAACAGGAGUCGCAAGAUCAUGUUGUCGGAGCAACCAUUGAUGUAGAAGUUCAAGAUGACACUGGAAAAUCCAAUCCUUCUGAUGAUUUUGAUUUUUAA